AUGCAGGGUAUUAAUAAUCAGGAAUUUGAUGACAAUGGGGUUAAUUCGCAGAUAAAAUCUACCUUUGAACUCUUAGAAAGAGGAGUGCAGGAAAUUCAGCUGUCUGAACAGUACAAAGAUGUAGUUUUAGUAUUGGGUAAUACUGGUGCAGGUAAGACUACAUUUACACAAUGGAUCGCCGGGGAUAAUGAUAAAUUAAUUGCAAAAGAGGUAGCAGAAGGCACUGGUGAAUUUAUAAUUGAAGAUAAUAAUAGGAUAGGUAAUUCUACUAUCAAAUCCAAGACCAUUUUUCCUGAAUUGGUAGUAGAGCCUAAGACAAAAACUGCGUUCUAUGAUUGUCCAGGAUUUAGCGAUACCAGGAGUACCAGCAAUGAGAUAUCGGCAACAUACUUUAUCAAAAAAGUAUUAGAUCAUGCUGAACGAGUGAAAUUGAUUUUUAUAGUUAACUAUUCUUCCGUUAGAAAAGGAGUUGAUCGGCAAGAUUUAAUGAAACUAUUAAGGCAUACUACUGAUCUUGUAAAGGAUGUUGAUAAAUUUGGGAGAAGUAUUGCUGUUGUAGUAUCAAAAGUUGAUAACCAGUACGUAAGAAUAGGAACUAGCUUUUCUUUUAUAGGAGAUAGUAAAAUUAUUUCGGCUAUUGCUGACUUUUUGAGCGAAGUUAAACACGAUAUGGAAGAAAGCAAAAAGGUUCCGAACCUUUCCGAUAAUGAACAGAAAUUUUAUAGCAGUGCAAUAAAGUUUAUUGAUAUACUGUUAAAAAAAGAAGGUGGAUACCAUACGAAGAUAGGUAUUUUUAGAAGACCAGAUGAGCCUGGACCUUUAAGCAAUAUCACUUUACUUCGAGAGGGGAAAGAGCACAUCGAAAAGUUACUAUAUGAAAGACUUAAUUUUACUGAAAAGAUUUCUGAAGACUUCGGUUACACUAUAUCUGAGAAAUCUAAGAACGAUAUAAACGAUUUAAUAGAUGAAAUUAAUAAAAGAAUUUGGUCUAAUUGGGUGGUUAUUGGCCAUCAAACAAUAUCACUGGAUGGUUUUGCAGGAGAGUCUCAUCACAGUUCAACACAACAGAAACACGAAUAUUUCACUGUGCAGGUGAUACAUGGAAGAUCUAAAGGAAGGGAUGGUGCUUGUCCAGGAGCCAACGGAGCGGAUGGUAAGCCAGGUGGAGCUGGAGGACCUGGUGGGUUUUUCUUUGGUGUCGGUGAACACUUUGUUGGUGGCGAAAACUUAACAGUUACUGCGAACGGUGGUGAAGGUGGUUUAGGACAAGAUGGCGGAGAUGGAUUCGAUGGAAAUUCUGAUGGUAGCAAGACCAACAACAUAAAAGGAAGAACUACAAUUGAUAUCUAUGGCAAUUUAACUCUUGGGCAAUUACUGAUAUAUAUGAUGUUUGGUAGCAAUAAAUCCUUCAGUUGCCAUCAUUACAUAACGCCUGAACAAGAACAGAGCAUAAAAGUUGAAAAUUUGGCUGCAGAAGUUGUACCAAUUGUGAGUCGCCAUUCUUUUGGUGGUUUUAAUGGCUUUGUUGGUAACUGCAACCAUGCUCCUCAGUGGUAUAAAGAUAUGCAUAAAGAUGAAUUUGAGGAACUAGUAAUCAAAAAGUAUCAGAGGAAUGAGAAAAAAGCUGUAAGUGAAAACUCACUUGAGGAAAUAUUGACUGGUAGUAUGUGGAUAUUUGAUAAUGAAACAACUACAAAUUAUGGAGACAAUAAGGCAUGA